UCUCUUAGUCUCUUUCUCACUUCAGAGCCACCACUACAUUUUCUUUGUAUUGGUCUUGGCCUUAAUUAGUUUGUUCUUUUCACUAUUUGCCACAAACACAGAGACUGUUACUUGCUGCCAUAUUCCAUCCAAUAAAUUGCCUAGUACGCUACUACGCUUUUCCCAUUAGGCUUCUCUGUCUCUCUCUCUUUUUAUCUAUCUUAUUCUCCCCCUCAUACUCUGGGAUUCAGUGAACAAAUUCAAAGACUUCCUCGAGAGUUUUCUGAGGUAGGGGGAAGCCAAAGUCAUAUUUGGUACGCUCUCUGUAUCAUUUGUAAUCAGACCCUGCAAGGACUUUAAUUGUUGAUACAUGGAGAACGGUGGAACUAGUUCUUUUAUGAGGACUAGAAGAUUGGAGAGCUACUUCAAUGCAAGCACUGGUCUUAGUGUGAAGGAAACAGUGAAAAGUUCGGUGAAAGAAGAAUUGGAGUUGAAGCCAAGGACCGAUUUGUAUGCGGAUAGUGAUGGAUGGGCUUCAGUGUUGAUAUCUUGGAUUAAAAUUUUCAUAUGUUUCGUAACGAUGAUGUUUACGACAUUCGUUUGGGCGUUGAUCAUGCUGAUGCUUCUACCAUGGCCUUAUGAGAGGAUUAGGCAGGGGAAUAUAUGGGGACAUGUGACUGGUAGAUUGAUGAUAUGGAUCCUUGGGAAUCCUAUAAAGAUAGAGGGUGCUGAAUUUUCUAAUAAGAGAGCCAUUUAUAUCAGUAAUCAUGCAUCUCCUCUGGAUGUUUUCCUUAUAAUGUGGUUGACUCCCACAGGCACAGUUGGCAUUGCCAAGAAGGAGAUAAUAUGGUAUCCCCUAUUUGGACAACUUUAUGUCUUGGCAAAUCAUCUUCGCAUAGAUCGCUCCAACCCUACUGCAGCCAUUGAAUCCAUGAAAGAGGCAGCCCGAGCAGUGGUGAAAAACAACCUGUCUUUGAUCAUUUUUCCUGAGGGCACCAGGUCCAAAAAUGGACGAUUACUCCCCUUCAAGAAGGGAUUUUUUCAUUUGGCAUUGCAAACAGGGCUCCCAAUAGUUCCGAUGGUCCUGACUGGUACCCAUCUAGCAUGGAGGAAGGGCAGCUUACAUAUUCGACCUGCACCUCUAAACGUAAAGUUUCUUCCUCCAAUAAGUACCAAGGAUUGGACAGCUGACAAGAUUGAUGACUACAUUAGGAUGGUACAUGAUUUGUAUGCCAAACACCUUCCUGAGUCUCAGAGGCCUCUUCCAUUAGAAAGCUCCAGAAAUAGUUGAGCUGUUGAGGUACCUCAUCUUUGUGAUUGUUCAAGUCUUAGAAGUAAAUCUCAUGUUAAUUGCUGCAAUAAGCAUAAUUUAAUCAAUUUUGAGAGCGGCAUGAAUGUUAGUGUAGUAUACUGCUCAUACUAUUGCAAUAAGCUCAGUUUGCUUGUACAAGAACCAUUAUUGACUAGGUUUUCUUAGUCUUGUAAAAUUAGGUAUGAUCAAUUUCAGUGUUGAAGUGAAUAGUAUCACCAUCCCAUUGCUCUUGUAUAUGGAUUUGUAUAAAUUUUGUUUCUGUCAUUUCAACUAAUAGCAAAAUCCAUUUUCCACUCAAA